GAUUAAGGGAAAUAAUAAUGACUCAAAUCAUCCAGAAAAACACUUGAAGUGAGACAAGAAAGUGAUAUUUUUCAAAUCAUCCAGAAGGGGUUUUGUGGUUUCUUGUAUUUCAUUUUUCAAAAUCCCCUGUUUCUUCUUCUCAAAAGCUCUCACCUUUCCUCCACCGUCAUUGUAUCCAGUUGCUUUGAACUUUCCACUCAUCCACUUUGCGUUUGAUUCUUUCAGUGUCGUUUACGAAAUAAUGGUAGGUGUAUACCGAUCCUUGGUGCCGACUUGAACGACUGUCGUUUUGUGUCCCUGCGUUGUAACGUUAGAGGCCAUUCAUAAACGCGCGCGUUGAAACAAGUUGAAUUUUCAGAGAGAAGCUCCACCGAAUUUUGCAUUUCCCUCCAAAAAUGGCUUCUCAAAAUCCAGCGGAAGAAGAAAACUCAAAGCAAAAUUGGUCCCUCCAAGACUUUGAGAUCGGUAAACCUCUCGGCAGGGGCAAAUUUGGUAGAGUUUAUGUUGCCAGAGAAGUCAAGAGCAAUUUUGUUGUGGCGUUGAAGAUUAUAUUUAAGGAACAAAUUGAUAAGUAUAAAAUUCAUCACCAACUAAGGAGAGAGAUGGAGAUACAGACCAGUCUUCGGCACCCUAAUAUCCUGCGUCUUUAUGGUUGGUUUCAUGACACUGACCGUGUUUUCUUGAUUCUCGAGUAUGCUCAUAAAGGUGAGGUCUACAAAGAGAUGAGAAAGAAGGGUCACUUUACAGAGAAACAAGCUGCUACGUAUAUUUUGAGCCUCACAAAGGCGUUGACUUAUUGCCACGAGAAGCAUGUUAUUCAUAGGGAUAUCAAGCCUGAAAAUUUGUUGCUGGAUCACGAGGGUCGUCUUAAAAUUGGAGACUUUGGUUGGUCUGUUCAGUCUAAAAGCAAAAGACAUACCAUGUGUGGCACAUUGGAUUAUUUAGCACCAGAAAUGGUUGAAAAUAAAGCUCAUGACUAUGCUGUUGAUAACUGGACUCUUGGUAUCCUUUGUUAUGAGUUCCUCUUUGGUGCCCCUCCAUUUGAGGCUGAGAGUCAAGCUGAUACCUUCAAAAGGAUAAUGAAGGUUGACCUAAGCUUCCCUUCCAACCCUUCUGUUUCUUUAGAUGCCAAAAGUCUGAUUAGCCGGCUUCUGGUGAAGGACUCCUUACGUAGGCUCUCUCUUCAGAAGAUAAUGGAACAUCCUUGGAUAGUCAAGAAUGCAGAUUUUUCGGCUUGAUUUGUGCUUUGAAAAUCUUCAUGGAGUCAUCGAUGUAAUCUGCAGCUUUGAAGCUUUUGGAUGAUUGGAUAACUUUAUUCUGCUUGACUUUUGCAACUUCUACUUUGAGAUCUUAGCAUCAUCGCUUUGUAUCGGUAUCCUCAUCUUCAUGGAUUAUCUUGAUUUAACUCGUCAAUGCAUCUAUUUCCGUUUUUAUAUCACUAUCUUCAUUCUUUCCUUGAAUUACUUCAUUCUUUCAAUCAUAGUUGUAGAUGACCUUGUAGCAUAUAAUUGUGCAAUCUGAUGAAUUUGAGGAUCA